GUCGAGCUCCGUGAGGCGGCGCCGCCUCCGCCGCCGCCGCUUCUUCGUGAGGAGAACCGGAGCGGUUGAGUUCCGUAACCGAGGAGGAUAAUGGCCCUUCUUCGUUUUUGAACCAAAAAGGGAAUAAGGCGAAUUAUAUAUAUAUAUAUAUAUAUAUAAAAUAUAUAUAAGGAAGAAAAAGGAAGGGAGAGGAAUCGAGCAGGUCGGGCCUGACGGCGACAACGACGGGCGGCCGAGGAAGCGCGGAUGGGGGCGUCCGUGGCCGGCGGCUGAUCCCGCCUCCUGCCCUGCGUGUGGGUCGGUCUGAGGGGGAGCGAUGUCGAACGCGGGCACCCGGAGGGCCGGCUCCAGCAUCAAAGUCCGCCUCACAGUGCUUUGUGCCAAGAAUCUUGCAAAGAAAGAUUUCUUCAGGCUUCCUGACCCCUUCGCAAAGAUUGUGGUGGAUGGAUCUGGUCAGUGUCAUUCCACCGACACUGUGAAGAACACCUUAGAUCCCAAGUGGAACCAGCAUUAUGAUUUAUACGUUGGAAAAUCAGAUUCUAUCACCAUCAGUGUCUGGAACCAUAAGAAAAUUCACAAAAAACAGGGAGCUGGCUUCCUGGGAUGCGUCCGACUUCUUUCCAAUGCCAUCAGCAGGCUAAAAGAUACAGGAUACCAGCGUUUGGAUCUAUGCAAACUAAAUCCCACAGACACUGAUGCAAUCCGAGGCCAGAUAGUUGUCAGCUUGCAGACACGAGAUAGGAUAGGCACAGGAGGGUCUGUGGUAGACUGCAGGGGGCUCUUGGAGAAUGAAGGAACGGUUUAUGAAGACUCGGGACCUGGGAGGCCCCUGAGCUGUUACAUGGAAGAGCCAGCCCCAUAUACAGACAGCACAGGAGCUGCCGGUGGAGGGAACUGCAGGUUCGCAGAAACCCCUGGCCAGGAUCAGACCCUGCAGGUCCAGCGAUUGCGGGGUCCUGAUGUAAGAAGCCAUGUCCAGACACCCCAAAAUAGACCCCACGGUCAUCAGUCGCCAUCACCGGAUCUGCCUGAAGGCUAUGAGCAAAGGACAACAGUACAGGGACAAGUUUACUUUUUGCAUACACAAACCGGGGUUAGCACCUGGCACGAUCCCAGGAUACCAAGAGACCUUAACAGUGUGAAUUGUGAUGAACUUGGACCUCUGCCUCCAGGCUGGGAGGUUAGAAGUACAGUAUCAGGAAGAAUAUAUUUUGUAGAUCAUAAUAACAGAACCACCCAGUUCACAGACCCAAGACUGCAUCACAUAAUGAAUCACCAAUGCCAACUAAAAGAAUCCAACCAGCCUUUGCAAGCACCAAAUGAGGGCUCGUUGGAAGACAGCGAGGAGCUGCCCGCUCAGCGAUACGAACGGGACUUGGUGCAGAAGCUCAAGUUCCUCCGGCACGAACUCUCCCUCCAGCAGCCUCAAGCUGGCCACUGCCGCAUCGAAGUAUCGAGGGAAGAAAUAUUCGAGGAAUCUUACCGUCAGAUAAUGAAGAUGAGGCCAAAAGAUCUGAAGAAGAGGCUGAUGGUGAAAUUUCGGGGAGAAGAAGGCUUAGAUUAUGGUGGAGUGGCAAGGGAAUGGCUGUACCUUCUAUGUCACGAAAUGCUGAAUCCAUAUUACGGGCUUUUCCAAUAUUCAACUGAUAACAUUUACACGCUGCAAAUAAAUCCCGAUUCCUCCAUCAACCCCGAUCAUCUGUCUUAUUUCCACUUUGUCGGUCGGAUCAUGGGUCUGGCGGUGUUCCACGGGCAUUACAUCAACGGGGGUUUCACAGUCCCUUUCUACAAACAGCUGCUGGGCAAACCCAUCCAGUUGUCUGACUUGGAAUUGGUGGAUCCAGAGCUACAUAAGAGCUUAGUGUGGAUUUUAGAGAAUGACAUCACUCCAGUUCUGGACCAUACCUUCUGCGUGGAACACAAUGCAUUCGGCAGAAUUCUGCAGCACGAACUCAAACCGAACGGGAGAAAUGUUUCCGUUACGGAGGAGAACAAGAAAGAAUAUGUCAGGCUGUAUGUAAACUGGCGGUUCAUGAGAGGAAUUGAAGCCCAAUUCCUGGCCCUUCAGAAAGGUUUUAAUGAACUUAUUCCUCAACACCUCCUGAAGCCUUUUGACCAUAAGGAACUUGAGCUCAUCAUCGGUGGCCUAGAUAAGAUUGAUCUGAACGACUGGAAAUCCAACACGCGUCUGAAGCACUGCAUGGCCGACAGCAAUAUCGUGAAGUGGUUCUGGCAAGCGGUGGAGGCCUUCGACGAGGAACGGAGAGCGCGGCUGCUCCAGUUUGUGACAGGCUCCACGCGGGUCCCCCUUCAGGGUUUCAAGGCUUUGCAAGGUUCUACAGGCGCAGCAGGACCCAGGCUGUUCACUAUCCACUUGAUAGAUGCAAACACAGACAACCUCCCGAAAGCUCAUACUUGCUUUAACCGAAUUGACAUUCCGCCUUACGAGUCCUACGAGAAGCUUUACGAAAAGCUAGUGACCGCCGUGGAAGAGACCUGCGGCUUUGCGGUGGAGUGACCAGGCAACCAAAGGAAACCGAUAUUGCUAAAGCUCACGGACCACCAAAUCAAAAAAAGCUGUAAGGAGAAGCUUGCUGUGAACUUCUUUUUUUGUCCAAAGUGUUGGGAUUUGCUUGACAACUUAAGGGUGCAAAGGCUGUUUUUUUCCCCCUUACCUUCGAUGGCGUCGGUGAAGAGGGAGGCUUUUUAUUUUUGGAGGUCCCCAAACAUACUUUCUCCCUCUUGCGACGAUAACCCUCCCUUUCCUUUCUUCAUUUCCCAGGAAACAACAACAACAAAAUAAAACACACACACACACACACACAACCCAGGCAGCCAGUUUCAGCGUUCGGUUUCGGUUACCCGCGAUAAUGAUUCUGCUAGAUUUGUAACACAUAUUGUGAUAAGGUCUACGACCUGUGGUCUUUUUUUUAUAGGAGAUUCAAACUGUAGUUGAGUAUCUUUGCCAUCGGUUUGCCGAGGAGGUUUGGUCGGUAGGUGUCUGUGGAUGUUUUGUCUUCGACGCAACCCCUGAGCCCUUGUAGAAAUCCAGACGCUCUGGAGAUAAAUGAAUAAAAGGAAAGGAAAAAAGAUUGGCACUGGAAUUCCCAUUAGGACAUUUCAAGGAAACCCCGUUUAAGGAACGCUGAGCAGAGCGGGCAGCUCCCGUAAGCAUAGGAAUACUGAGGAUUAUUAUUCCUUGUCAGGAAGCUUCUUUUUCCCCCCCUUUUUUUCUGUGAAUGAGAUGACUUGGCUCUUAAGAGGAACAAUUCAGGAGAAUCAAGCCAUCUUGAACGAUGCGAGAGUUUCUUUUCUCCUUUUGCAGGGACUUUUUGCAUAGGAGAUAGAUCCAUUCUUUGGAAUAAUUGCCUGUUUUUUUUCUUUUCGUCAUCCCUGGCAUCUGUUAAAGAGAAAGCAGGGCAUGGCUCAGAUUCUCAAGAGAAACCACACAUUAUUCUCCCUCUCCCUCUCCCUCUCCCUCUCCCUCUCUCUCUCUCUCUCCCUCUCCCUCCCUCCCUCCCUCUCUCUCUCUCUCUGUUUUCUGAAAUGCUUUCAUUGUGAUGUGAAACGGCCGAAAUUCUUUCCACAGGAAAUAGCUCACAGCAAAGAUAAACGGCAUCCAGUUCCAUUUCUGAACUCUGUGGAAUAUAGAACGGCUCUCGUGAAAAGAGUUCUAAUCCAGGCCUCGGCCUAUAGAAACUGAGUAACCCAAACAACUGUUUUCCAAGUUCUGUCUUUUUUCUUUUUACCCAGUCCCCCUGACACAAUUUAGCCAAUUUUCACAGUCCGAUACCAAUUUGUUUGCCCUCCAGGCAACUUGCAGGGCAAGGAAGAAUCUGAAUGGUAAGAUUUCCCCCCCCUGUCCAAACUGCUUCUUUUUAAUUUGCACAAACGAAGAAGGCCGGUAAUUGUUAACAAGAUAACAUUUCUCUGGGCCGGGGGAGGGGGGGGGUUGUCAGAAAUUCCACUAAUCAUCAAGUGUAACCUUGACACUUUGUGAGAGUUUUCCUUCCUCUUCCUUUUGCAAAGAAGCAUAUUAACAAGGUGUCGAACUUCAUAACGUGGGUCAUGUUGGUGUGGGCUUUGUUUUUUGUUUGUUUCUUGUCUGUCAACGAGGAUAUUUCUAUCGUCACUUAACACAACCAAUUGAGAAUAGCUUUAAACUGUGAUAGGACAAACCAAAAUCUAGAGAACUUGUCCAGAUCCCCGGAUUGUUUUUUUCUUCCUGUUUAUUCAGUUGACUGUAACCCUCGGCGACGGAAAACUUAAGGAUUCCACGUGAGAAAGCAAAUCUACCUUUUGUGAUAUUUGCACCGUGUGGCAAAAACGAUUGGGUUUUGUGGUUGACUUUUAACAACUGAACUCGCAAUGUCCUUCCGGGGUUCGUUUGCACUUAAGAGGCCACUGAAAUGCAUUGCGGAUUAUCUGAGAGGGGAUUAGAUCAAGGAGGCUUUUUCAGAUCUUGGAAGGAUCUUAACAAACUUCUGGACAAUAGAAAUCUACCACCAUCGCUGCUUUUCCAAGGGCUCUUGAAGAUUAUACUGUAUAUUUCGUGGGGAUCAUGAUUGACCCUGCCACUGGAAUUUAAGCCUCUAAAGAAAUCAUAAAGGUGUGAAUUCUGCUCCCACUAAAAUUAUUUGCACAGUCUGUUUCCCAGUUAUUAAACGGCGUUAAGUGUGGUAAGCAAUUCUCCUCGAGCCACGCAUUAAAAUAGGCAGGCCACAUAAGAUCAGCAGAGAUAACUUCCGUGGCAUUUAUAGGCUGAGUUCUUGCAUCGUUCUUGUCUCAUAUCGUGGCGCCUUCGGCCACGUCCAAAAAUCAAGGACUCGGGCGAACGGGUCAAACAACUUGAAACAAUGCGAAAGGCAGCCUGCGGGAGUCUGCGUAUAGUAACUUUUGGACAGAGGCCGGCAAAUCUGGCCACGUUGAAGAUGCGUGGCCUUCGACUCCCGGAAUUGGCUGUGGAAUUCUGGGAGUCGAAGUCCACGCGUCUUAAAAAGUAGCCAAGAUUGAAGACCCCCUCUCCCCCCGCCCUACAAGGAGGAUCAGAUGGCAGGGUGCAGAAUGGACUCUUUCUGAUGAUAACUUGGAGGAUGGGAAGAAAGUUCUCUAAAUUUUGCUCAACCUCCAGUUGCCUUCUUCUAAAGUUAUCACCGUUCAUCAACUAAGAAAGCUGGUCCCUCCGUGAAGGUCUUCAGGCAAGAUCAGAAAGCAGGCUAGGCGUGACUUGUUUCUGGCAAGGGCUUUGCCUUGUGCCCCAGGUGAGCCCGCCACCUAGCCGUCCCCCCAUAUCAAAGAAACUGUAAAAAAAAAAAUACGGACAGGUGGGCUUUUUUUAACCUCAGCUAGGCUUAAGGAUCACUUCUGCUGAAAGCUUUUGGGACAGCUCAACGAUUAGGACAAAAAACACCCCACCAUCAUGUAGGAUGCUCUCUUCCAUCGCGAGUAUCGCGCAGGUCAGCAGAAGUCCUCCUUGAAAACUGCGAGUAAAGCUUACUUGAGGUUGGAGCACGAAACUCCUCCUCCAGCCCGCAGUCUUCCCUCUGAUAAGCAUUUGCAGCUUUUUCCAGGAACCUGGAGUUUAGCUGUGACGCCACUUCAGCGGGAAAGAGAAAGGGCCAAUUUAUCCUCAGAUUGUCUCAUCCGGAGCCUCUUGAAGUGACCUUCAGCAUCCCCCGUAGCCAGAAAAAAGCUGAGCCUGGUCCAGCGAUGCAAAUUUCCUUCCCCCCCCCAUUCUGCAUUUUUGGUUGGUUGGUUUACUUGCCCCGAAAUGCCUCAUCUGCCUUGAUGCGCUCCCAGGGAUGCAGGAAAUCAGCACUUGCUCAGUGUUAGGAAUUGGAAAGGCGGGACUAGCUCCGAGUCAAAAUUGGACCAACUUUCUGCUUGUUUAAAGCAGAGACGUCCAACCCCCGGCAACUUCGAAGCCCUGCGGACUUCAACUCCCAGAAUUCCCCAGCCCAGCCAUGCAUGGGGAUGGAAUUCUGGAAGUUGGGAAGUCCACAGGUCUUCGAAGUUUUGCAGAGUUUGGACGUCGCUGCUUUAAAGGGAUUGCUUGCUUUAACAUUACUUCUCAGGCCUCAGCAAUUUGUUAUAAAAUCCUCUCCCUUUCUCAACCACAACCCAGUAUCUCUGCACUGUAGGGCACAGGAAGUUUUCCAGAAAUGCAUUUAAAUCUCUUGUUUGUUUGGGUUUUUUUUUUUUUUCUCCUUCAAUAACUUUUUUUUUUUUUUUUUUUUCAUUUUUUUACCACUUUUUAAUGUGUUUUUUAACUUAUUCUUUUGUAAUGUCUUGGGUUUUUAAAUAUUGCUGCUACCCUUGUUACUCUUCUCACCCUUUAUAUUGCAGAUUUUAUUUUGUAAAAAAAAAAAGUUGUACACUAAUGUGUUUUUGUUUUGUUUUUUUCAUUUUAUGUCUAAAUCAAAGUAUUUAAAAGAAAUGCUAGUUCUAUUUAAUGUGUUAUGGAGCCGGCUGGAAUAAACAGUGAUUGUGUAGUAGGGGUGGGGCCCGGGAAGGUCAUGUCCAUUUUUGUUACAUAUGCAAUAAACUCUCACAACUUUA